AUGGAACGGAAGUGCUUCCCUCAUUUCUGUUUCCUUCUAGUGAUCUUGAGCCUCGUAAUAUUGCAGCUCGGCGACAAGGUGGCGUCGAAAACGAAUGGAUGCAAUGGUUCGAUAGCAGAAUGCGAUGAAGAAUACGAGUUCUUGAUGCCAUCUCAUGUUAGUAAAAGGUAUCUUGAAGAGAAGAGUAAGUAUAUAUCACCUGGUACUUUAAAGCCAGACCAACCAGUUUGUAAUGGUGGCGCUAGUGGUCAGUCUUAUAGUAGUAGUUGUCUUCCACCUCCAUCUAAUUCUCCUUCUCGCGGUUGUUCCAAGUACUAUCGUUGCAG